GCAAAAGCAGGUGCUCGGGUUGCGCAGCCCUCCAGAAUGCUCCUGGGUUUGAGCGAGGAGCUGAGGUGAGAGUGUCUGUCCUUCAAGUCGUCGGAACGCACGCUGCCUGUUUAGACUUGAUGAAAAAGGGAUUAUUGUGAAUCAGGAGCUCAGAAAAACCGGAAAGAUGGUGCACCACUCGUGUUCCAUUCAGUCCUUUAAGCAGCAAAAAGGAAUGCACACGAGUAUCAGUGAAAUCAUUAAAGACAAGACACUGAGGCCAUCCAGGAGAAGCAUGCCCUGCCUGGCUCAGAGCCAGACUCACCCCCAAAAUCUGAACAAACUAUCUCUGCACCAGCCCAGUCAGACCCAGCUGCAGACGAAGAGUGCCGAGCCCUCCUCCGUCAACAUCUCCUGUGAGAAAGAUGGAGGAAAGGAUGUGUAUAUAGAUGAAUCGGAACAAGGAAACUACGACUCCCGGACGGAUCAGUCCCUCUUGAUCCAAAAAACGUUGAACCGUCCAAAGCUGGAAGGCCGCACAGAGUCCUUAGAGGAUAACAACCCAACUGCACCAUCAGGCCUGUUCUUUAGGGAUGGGAAGAAGCGCAUUGACUACAUCGUAGUUUACAAGAAGUCCAGCCUGCAAGUGGAGAAGAGAUGCACCUUUGAGAAGAACCUGCGAGCAGAAGGGCUAAUGCUGGAAAAAGAGCCAUCUUUGACAAACAGUGACAUCAUGUUUGUUAAAAUCCACGUUCCCUGGGAGACGCUUUGUAAAUAUGCAGAUCAGCUGAACAUCAGGAUGCCAUUCAGGAAAAAAUGUUAUUUCACUGAUUGGAAGAGCAAAUCGAUGGGCAGGUUUCAGCACAACCUGAGACAGCUGAAGAGCUGGCUGCCGAGGAACCCCAUGAAGCUCGAUAAAGAAGCCCUGCCUGACCUGGAGGAGACAGACUGCUACACUGCACCUUUCAGCCGUGCACGCAUGCACCAUUUUACAAUCAACAACAAAGAAACCUUCUUCAGUAAUUCUACAAGGAGUAGGAUAGUCCAUCACAUGCUGCAGAGGACAAAGUAUGAAGAUGGGAAAUCAAAAAUGGGUAUAAACCGAUUACUUGGCAAUGGGACAUAUGAAGCUGCCUUUCCUCCUCAUGAGGGCAGCUACAAAAGCAGACAUCCAAUCAAAACUCAUGGAGCUCAGAAUCACAGACACCUGCUCUAUGAGAGGUGGGCAAGGUGGGGAAUGUGGUACAAGUACCAGCCGUUGGAUUUAAUAAGACGGUACUUCGGGGAGAAGAUCGGCUUGUAUUUCGCCUGGUUGGGGUGGUACACUGGCAUGCUGAUCCCUGCUGCUCUCGUUGGGCUGUUUGUCUUUCUCUACGGGCUCUUCACGAUGGACUCAAGCCAGGUCAGCAAGGAGAUCUGUGACGCGAAUGACACUGUCAUGUGCCCUAUGUGUGAACGCAACUGUUCAUUCUGGAAGCUCAGUGAUAGCUGUGUGUAUGCAAAGGUUACACAUCUUUUUGAUAACGGAGGAACUGUCUUCUUUGCAAUUUUUUUUAUGGCGAUAUGGGCCACCGUGUUUCUGGAGUUUUGGAAAAGGCGACGGGCAGAACUCACUUAUGACUGGGACCUCAUUGACUUGGAAGAAGAGGAGGAGGAGCUGCGUCCCCAGUUUGAAGCCAAGUAUUCCAAGGUGGAGAGAGUCAAUCCAAUCUCUGGGAAGCCGGAGCCCUUCCAGCCCUUCACUGACAAGCUGAGCCGACUCAUGGUAUCUGUCUCAGGAAUAUUCCUCAUGAUUUCCCUGGUGGUCACCGCAGUGUUCGCAGUGGUUGUGUACCGGCUGGUUGCCAAGGAGCAGUUUGCCUCAUUCGAAUGGGAGUUUGUCAAGAAGAACUGGCAGUUUGCGACUUCAGGAACUGGAGUCUGUAUCAACUUCAUGAUCAUCAUGUCACUCAACGUGGUAUAUGAAAAAGUUGCAUACCUCCUUACAAAUUUAGAGCACCCCCGUACAGAAUCGGAAUGGGAGAACAGCUUUGCUCUCAAAAUGUUCUUGUUCCAGUUUGUCAACUUGAACAGCUCCAUCUUUUAUAUUGCUUUCUUCCUGGGAAGGUUUGCCGGUCGGCCAGGGAAGUAUAACAAACUAUUUGAGAGAUGGAGGUUAGAAGAGUGUCAUCCUAGUGGCUGCUUAAUAGACCUCUGUAUGCAGAUGGGCAUCAUCAUGGUUUUAAAGCAAAUCUGGAACAAUUUUAUGGAGCUCGGUUAUCCGCUGCUGCAGAACUGGUGGUCCCGGAGGAAGAUUAAGAAGGGGAGUCCCAGGCAGAGUAUGGAAAACAAAGGGAUUCUACCGCAGUGGGUUGAGGACUGGAACCUGCUGCCCAUGAAUCCACACGGCCUGGUGGAUGAGUACUUGGAAAUGGUGUUGCAGUUUGGUUUCACCACGAUCUUCGUGGCAGCCUUCCCCUUGGCGCCUCUGCUGGCUCUGCUCAACAACAUCAUAGAAAUUCGUCUGGAUGCCUAUAAGUUCGUCACACAAUGGAGACGACCAAUGCCAGCCAGGGCUACAGACAUAGGUAUUUGGUAUGGAAUUCUUGAAGGGAUAGGAGUCCUCGCCGUGAUAACCAAUGCGUUUGUGAUAGCCAUUACCUCAGACUACAUUCCUCGAUUCGUCUAUGCAUUCAAAUACGGACCCUGUGUGGACCAGGGCUACAGGCAUGAAAAGUGUUUGAGAGGCUAUGUGAACAGCAGUUUAUCAUGGUUCAACAUGGCGGAGCUGGGCAAUGGAAAUUCAGGCUAUUGUAGGUAUCGGGAUUACCGGGCCCCGCCCUGGGGUUCCCCGCCCUAUGACUUCACUCUGCAGUUCUGGCAUGUGCUGGCAGCCCGCCUUGCUUUCAUUAUCGUCUUUGAGCACCUGGUGUUCGGGAUAAAAUCCUUCAUCGCCUACCUAAUCCCGGACAUACCCAAAGACCUGUGUGACCGAAUGAGGCGGGAGAAGUACUUGGUCCAGGAGAUGAUGUACGAGGCAGAGCUGGAGCACCUACAGAAGGAGAGGAAGAAGAACGGCAAGCGCUACCACCACGAAUGGCCUUAGCAUUGCACCCGCAAAGCAGCUGUGCACGUGAACAGCACGGGACUUGAACAGCACCAGAGAAGAGAAAGAAGAGCUGGAAUCCAAUGGGAAGCACCUUGUCUUGGAAACCACAUUCACGUCCGAUCAGGAGUGUAUCCGCAAAAGGGCAAUUACCCAAGCAUGACGCGGAAGGCAGUGCAGAGAUUUUAUUUUACUUCUGAUGCGUGUUUUUGAGAAAGUAAAUAUAUAGACAGUAUGUACUGAAAAGCAUACAUUUGCAAUGAGCAUCUGUGUAUUAUAAACAGCCACUUGGUGUAAACAGAGCAGUUUGACAAUUAGCCAGACUUUGUAAAUUAAAAUUUAAAAAACAGUUUGAAAGCUGCUUAGACGCUUGUGACUUCACAUUGCGCUAAUGGCCCGGUGUUUGAUGCUAGCUCUCCCAUAAGCUUGGUCCCUCAGGACUUGUCCUGUUUGUGCAGUCUGAAUGCUACAAAGAGUAAUCUUAAUGUCUACUAUGCAGAUCAAGGACUGUACAUCACCAUAAUAUACUUUUCAUGUAAUUUACAACAUGGAAAAAAAUGCAGCUGUUUAAAAUGACCCAAAGACUUGUAUUGCAGCACACAGUAAUAUCUGCUUUAUAAAUAAUUAAAAAUUGAAAUUUGCUUUUAAAUAUAUAUAUAUAUAUGACAUUGACAAUAUCAUAUGGUCUUUACAAUUUAUACUGUAUCAUGUUUUCCCAUGCAUUUCCAUUAAAAUAAACCCUAAAAAUAUAAAUGAACACAAAGAAGCACAUAUGUUAUUUUUGUGGUGAUGUACAGUUCUUUUUUUUCUUUGAGUCUGUUAGAAUCCAGCAGCAGAUAAUUCUUCAGUUGAAGUUAUUCCUGCAUUCAGCUUGAUGUUGAUUCUGAAAACAGUCCCGUUUUCUUGUCCGAACCGUUAUCAAGUGUUUGUUACCAGCUGUGACCAAGAAGGCUGGUUUCAUCCAGAAACAGAAUCAAGGCAUAAUGAAGGUGAUAUUUUUCAAAGGAUGUACAGUAGGAAUGGGAAGAUUACUUAGAAACCUUUCUCUGCUCCCAGGAUGGCAUGUCAUUCAGGUGUACAGUACAUACAUUUGUCAGAUUCACUGUUUGCCUUCAGGCGGGGUUUACCACUUUUUGGCUGAAAAAUCAUGAGUCUUGCCUUAUUAGAGAUCCGUCUGCUAAGAAAAACAUAUCGCUGUGAAAUAGCAGCCUCUAUAAUGCAUCCUCAAUGCUACAUUUAGAAGAGGGGAUCUCUGUACUGUCUUAAAAACAAUGUUGACGUCAUUAUAUUUCAGACGUUGGCAGGUGUCUAAAGUACGAGACUCUUACUGACAAUAGGUUUUUUUCAACAAUCCAAAACUUAAAAACUUUGCAUUUUCUCAAAAGCAGAGAAUACACAGUGAGGACAUACAUAGGGGGUGUCACUAGAUAAUUUAUUUGAUCAGAGUGAUCUGACUUUGUCUACUAGAGAGAUGCAGUCAACUGAGGCUGGCUCAACGAAGCUUUGAAGUCCCAGUCCCGGUGGCAGAUGGAAAUGCAGCUCUUCAAAAUAUAUGUACAUCUUUGUAUAAAGAUACAUAACUUUCUAAGGAUGAUUGAGGGAUGUUUUUCCAACAGCUUUGCUAGGAUUACUCAUUUAUAUUGAAUGUCAAUAGAUUCAGAACUAGCUCUUCAGGUGUCAUGUGUUUUGAUUUGAUACAGCUUUGUCUCAAAGUCUGUGCUGCUCCCUAACCUGUUCUUAGGGUUGUGUUCUUUUAUUCCCAGCUGUUCACGGUUAACGUCGAGGCAGGCACUGAUCUAGGCGCUGUUGCAAUAAGUCAGCUUAACAAGUAGUGUGUUGUUGCAUUUCUAGUUCUGGUAAGAAGUUUGAAAAAAUUACACUGUGUGUAAAAAAAGAUUGUUAGUGCAAAGAUGAAAUGUAUACUGUAGUGCACAAAAGUAUUGAUACCCUUCUGUCUUGGAGCACAUUUUUUAUGCUUAAUGCUCAAAAUUGACAUUUGCUCAUGGUCAUAACAUUGAUGUGAAUUGGAGUGCCAAUACUUUCAGGGAUCACUACAUAUAUGUACGUAAAAUGCAUUUUACCUAUAAAAAAAAAGAAGCUUUCAAUGUCCUCAGGAAUUCGAGUAUGUUGAGUAAUGAUAGCUGCAAAACGUAUUUUCUAAAACCUUAAACAAAAUGUAUCGAGCACCUAGCUUUUUACAAAUCGCGUUUGCAUGUCUUAGAUGUGUUUGUGAAUUCUGCAGAAGAAAAGGCCUAUUAGCAUGCCGUCUCAGAAUAAUUCAACAAAAAAAAAAAAAAUUGAAAGCAUGUUCAAAAAAAGUCUUGCUAUGGUCAGCAGAACUGCAAAUAUUCAGAAGGUCAUGUCUGCUCAUAUUAUGAAUGGUUCCAUGUUAUUAAUUGUCAAUGCCCCAGUGGAUUACAUUAGUGGAAGCCCCUUGCAAAUGAAAACUGAACCAUACACUGCAUGCAAAAAGUUAAAGAAGC